UUCGUUGAGUUAUUAAGUUGAUACCUAUCGGUUUUCUUUCGACGAUGUCGGGACGGGACAGAACUGUUAAAUCCAAAGGCAAGGGAAAGAUAUCGAAAUCUCGAUCUAGUCGAGCGGGUCUUCAGUUUCCAGUUGGGAGAAUUCAUAGAAUCCUAAGAAAGGGAAACUAUGCCGAACGUGUUGGAGCUGGUGCACCGGUUUACCUAGCCGCAGUAAUAGAGUAUUUGUCGGCCGAAGUCCUCGAACUUGCCGGAAAUGCUGCGCGCGACAACAAAAAAACUAGAAUCGUUCCUCGUCACUUCCAACUUGCCAUCCGUAAUGACGAGGAAUUGAACAAAUUGUUGUCAGGAGUUACUAUAUCGCAAGGAGGAGUUUUACCCAAUAUCCAAGCCGUUCUACUACCCAAGAAAAGCGAGAAGAAAGCCUAAUGCCCUACAUAA